CAAGACUACCGACUCAUCACAAUCUGCAAACUUAAAUAUUGGAAUAUCCCAAAAAUUAACUUCUAAUUUAAAUAUAUCAAAAACGAAACCAUUGACAACAUUGCUAAACACUUCGGAUUCUACGCAUUCGUUGAAGUCGUUGUCGUCCUAUACGGGUUCUAAUUCAUCAGUUUCAUCUAAUUUGAAUAAUGUGGAACACAGUUCUUUGAAAUCUAGCGCUGGGUUUCAAUCCUCAACAUUUCAAAAGAACACAAUACCACCUUCCCAAGUAGUAAAUAGCACAAAUACCUUGCGGAUACAAGCACCAUCGAAUCCUCUUAUUGCGCCUCCAUCCAUAUUCGCAAUUGCAAUAUUUGCAAAGCUGCAAGAUGUGCAGUUACCUUCUAACGACCUUUUCACAUUUGAACUUUUCUCAACAGGGUCAAGUAAUCAAAAAGGUUUUGCAUUUGAUCAACCAAGUCCGGAUGAUAUUAUUUUAAAUGCCCAAAGUAAAAAGGUUUUUGGUGCUUCAAAAGGCAAACAAAUAGCUACACAGCCAUCACCGUUACUACCGCCGGUAAAUACAACUAAUAAUGGAACAAAAAAGCAUAUAGAUAAAUCAAUUAAGGAGAGCGAUGAUGAUUUGAUUGGAAUUUUAGAAGAAGAAGAUGAGCAAUUGAAAAUUGAUAUUAGUGCACUCUCUCUGGCAGAGUUAUCAAAAACUCCGUUUAACAAGAUCUCAGAACCUAUUAAUGAACUUGCAAAUCAAGGGCCAGUUGUUCCUCAUAUAUCACUAAAUGAACAAAAAACUCCAACAAAAACAAAUGUAAAGCCUUCAAAACGUAUUAAUGUCCUUGAAGAAUAUAAAAAACGCGUUGCUGACAAGCUUUCAUUAAACUUAGUAGUGAUCGGUAGUCUUGCUUUUAUUUG